CCAGUCACAGAGGAUAGGGACCCAGCGCCGUGCGAGCAUCCAAUGCAAUUGGGCAUUUUGGAGUAGCGCCGGUGAUUCCCUAGAGCGAAGCCACUUCUAGCUUCAUUUUGGGCUUUCUGCUUUCCGUUGCCUUAAAAUACAGCUUCAUCACUUUUGGCUUCUAAUGUAAAGGGCCCCUAAGUUAUUUCACUCAACCGGGUUCAGCCCGUUUGAUCCACAUUGGACACCACCCGCCUAACAUGGAGUAUAAUGUUACCGGCAAGCGGAAGCAAACGACUCCCUUAUCAAUCCUCAACCGUCUACUUGGGGUGUUCCAGUACAACAAAGACAGCGGUAUCAUGACGCCCGUCAAACUGCAGGACUUGGCGACAGUCGACGCCUCGCAGUGUUUUCUGCCGUUGGCAAAUGUAGCUGGCAAGGACUAUGUCUUCGACUUUGCUGAGCGAUCGGAGCCCACGGAGAAGAAGCAUACUGUCCUAAUCUUUUUGCGGGUAGAUGGCCGCAUGCUGCUCCGUGUGGAGCACAAGAACUUUAAGGACUUCACACGUCUUGCCAAGCCAGUUAACCAUGGAUACUUGACUGUCAGCAAUCACACAGUUGAGAAACUGAAGGAGCACUCGGUUAUUGGGAUGCUAAGCCUUCCAACCCUCAGUGUGCUCCAACCAGGCAAAACUGAGAAACAUCGCCCCAUCCUUAAGGAGGCAUUAGACUACCUCCACAAUGUCUUCCCGUCGGUUGAUGACGGCAUCAAGCUCGACAAAUUACAGGACCUGAUCAUUGAGGAGGAAGAAGACAAGGUUGAAGAGGAGAAGGAACAGGAGGAAGAAGAGCCUUCUCAAAACCUACAUGUCAAAAGCACAAUGCCCCAAGCAGGCCUGUGUGGAGCCAAAAGGGUCCGGUGCCAAAGCAACACCAUGUCAGCCCCCUGCAGCUCAACAGUGUUAUUUAACAGUGGUGAGCCAGUCAAUCCUGCAUCAGCAGGUGGUGUGUCAAUGGUGGGACCACCUGAUGUGCCUCAGCUGCGCUUCCUCAUGUUAGAACCAGCUGUAUUGCCACUGCCAAUGCUGGUCAGUAAUGCCCCCGGCAGUGGAAGCAGUGGUACUGCUGCGUCUGCUGGCGGUGCCACAGCUGUCAGCAGUGGUGUUAGUGCAUGUGGUGCAAGCAGUGGAGCUGACACCAGCAAGAGUGGGAAGACUCAGGCAUGUCUGUUAAUGGUGCCUAGGAUGGCGCACACAUUAGGUGGUGGCAGCAACAUCAACCCUGAUGCUGAGCUCAGUGGCAGUGCAGCUGUUGGAAUCAGUGGUGACAUCAGCAACACCAACCCUGCACCUCAGCCAGUGCUGACCAGCGGUUGCUCUUUUCGAAAUUAUGGUGGCAGUGAAGCUGGCGGCAGUGGUGGCGGCAGUGGUGGCGGCAGUGACAGCAAUGGCAACAAGGUGGCGGUGCAGCAGGAGGAGGAGGAACUGCAGCAGCAGGAGAUGCAGCAGGAGGAGGGGGUGCUGCAGCAGCAGGUGCAGCAGGAGGAGAAGGUCCUGCAGCAGCAGCACAUAGUGCUCACCACAGUACCUACACUCGUGCCUACAAGCCCACAAGCACCCACACACUCCAUCAACCUGGCUCCUCAUCAGCAUGGCAGUGGUGACAGUGGAGGCAGCAGGGGCAACAUUGGCAGGGGAGGUGCCGCACCUGGUGUCAUACCUGGUGACACACUUGGCAUUUCAGCCUGCCGCAGCUGGGCUCCACCUCAGCUAGGAGGUGGCUCCACCAACCUCGCUCCUCAGCAGCAGGGUAGCAUGGCUCGCAUGGCUGGUGGAGAUGGCCGCAGCAGCAACACUGGCAGUAGUGGAGGUGGCAGUGGAGGCAACAUUGGCAGCAGGGAAGCUGGCAGCGGUGGCAGUGGAGGCAACACAGAGGGUGUGGGAUACUUUAAAUCACUGAUACUGAAGGAGCUUGGAGCAUCAACAGAGGGUCAACAAGUGCUGGAGAUGUCACUCCAACAGAUUUUUGAAGUGGAGGAGGCAACCCCUUCUGAAUCUGCUGACAUUCUGAAAAUGAUGAGAGCUGCACCGGACAUGACGCUGAAGCAGCUGAUCAUGUGCUGGCCGCUGCCAGAGGAGGAGGAGGAGGAGGGUGUGCAGGACUAAAGCAGGCACGUGUGCAGCAGUCAUGGUAGUAGUUAUAGUAGUAGUUGUUGUAGCAGCAGCCAUACAUGGUAGAAGUUUCAGUAGUAGUUGUGGUAGUAGUUACAGUAGUAGUCAGUGGUGGUAGUCAUGGUACCUUGAAGAAAAGGUGUAGGAAACUGUAUAGGCAAUAGUUGUUGGCAGUAGUUGAAGGUGAGAAUGCUAUAGUUGUUGACGGUAGUCAGGAGGUAAGUAGGUUGAAGAAAAGGUGUAGGAAAAGGCUAGUCAGAAGCAGGUAUGGUGAAUGUGGGAAUGGGUGCAGGUUGAACAUCCGG